GCUCUCGAGGCGAGUGACGUAGUUGAAACUGAUCCUAAUCAGCUUCGCGUGCGUUGUAAAAUUAACGCCAAAAAAUGGUUGCUUCCUAUCAUUCACCCCCCAGUAACUAUUGUCACAUCACAUUCAAGCAUCUCAUUCAAUUCCAUAACCAAUGCUGACACUAUCUGUUGCGAUGCGGAGGCCGAUACGAGCCUAAUUUGCCUCAAAUCCGAUGUUACUGCUGAAAUCUCUAAUUGCAAUUGGCAUGAGCGUCGACAUAGUCUCAAUCCUGAUGCACCCAGUUUCGUUCCUACUACUGACAGAUUUGGAUCGAUUUUCAAGUCCAAUUCAACUUUUUUGUCAUCCGAGGAAGCAGGUACUGUCUGGAAAAUGUGCAUGUAA